UCCCCGAGGUUCCUCCAUAACAUAACGCUAACACUAGCUACGCUUCAGUUAUGGCUUCCUCGGAGUCGCAACCCCGUUUUGGUCAGUCUGUUAAAGGAUUAUUAUCUGAUAAAGUUGGUUCUUGCAGUGGAGAUGUAAUCGCCCUUACUCGUCAAGUAUUAAAAGGAUCUCGUAGCCAAGAGCUUCUUGGUCAGGCAGCAAGAAAUAUGGUUAUUCAAGAGGAUGCGAUUCUGCACUCCGAGGAUAGUCUAAGGAAAAUGUCCAUAAUAACUACUCAUUUGCAGUAUCAACAAGAAGCCAUCCAAAAGAAUGUGGAACACUCUAAAAACCUUCAGGACCAACUAAGACAUUUACUUAAAUAAUUCACAGCCAAGCUGUGCUAUUGACACAUUUGCCUCUAUUUGUUUUUGUUUUGUUGUGUUUUUUUAAUUUGUUUUUCAUCCUCAUUAGGAAUCAUUGUUAAAUGCAUUCAGUGCCCUUUAUGACAAGCCUCUAAUGGGUUAUUUUGUAUAUCAGUGUAUUUUUCCCUCUAAAGAUGUAACAGGUGUGCCUCUUUAUAACCCUCGGUUAUGAAGUCUCAUCUGUAUAAUUGUAUUUUUCACAUUUUUGAUUAAUCUAAUUGUUUACAGUACCAGUUGAAUCAGGGCAUAUUACUUUUAUAAAAACUGGGUGGAGUGCCAUUAUUAAUGGAAAAGAUCCCAAAACAGUUUCCCAUAUUUUACAUGUUAACUUAUUUUUAAUUUGAUAAAUAAAUGAAUGACUUUUUGUA